UCUGCGGGCUCGGGCCCCCCACGCCGCUGCCACCCUGAAGUUUCUGGCGGUGCUGCUGGCGGCGGGCAUGCUGGCUUUCCUGGGGGCCAUCAUCUGCAUCAUCGCCAGCGUGCACCCGGCGGGCACGGCCGCCCCCGCCGUUCCCGCCGCCGCCGACAAUGACUCCGCCGCCGCCGCCCUGCUGCCCGCCGCCGACAAGGGGCUGGGGGCGCUGCACGGCCCCGCCGAGGCGCUGGCCAGCGCCGGGCCGCGGGUGCCGGGGCCGCCGCCGCUCUUCAGCCGCUUCGUGUGCACGCCGCUGAGCGCCGAGUGCCCCGGCCCCGCCGCCGCCGGCCCCGAGGAGCUGCUGGCGCUGCGCAGCGCCGCGGCGCAGCUGCGCCGCACGGCGCUGGAGCAGAAGGAGCGCAUCCGCAUGGACCAGGAGACCAUCCGCGAGCUCACCGGCAAGCUGAGCCGCUGCGAGGGCGGCCUGCAGCCCGCCGCCGGCCUCCGCGCCGCCCCGCGCCCCGCCACCAUGGGCCACCCCGCCGACGAGCCGCCCGCCGUGCGGGAGCUGGAGGAGGCCGUCCGCGCCCUCCAGGACCGCAUCGACCGCAUCGAGCAGGAGCUGCCAGCCCGGACGAAUGCCUCGGCGCCCACCUCCCCGGCGCUGACCCGAGACGCACUCCAUACCAAGAUGGAGCAGCUGGAGGAGCAGCUCCUCUCCAAGAUCCUGACGCUGCAGAAGGAGCGCCAGGCGGCCAGCAGUGACCGCAGUCAGCAGCAGCACAACAUUGAGAAGGAGCUGAACUCCCUCCAGAACCGGGUCACCGAGCUAGAGCACGGGCCACCAACCUACAGCCCUCCCGAUGCCUUCAAGGUCACCAUCCCUGUGCAGAACAACUACAUGUACGCCCGCAUGAAGAAGACCCUGCCAGAGCUCUAUGCCUUCACCAUCUGCAUGUGGCUGAAGUCCAAGGCCUCGGGUGGGCUUGGCACCCCGUUCUCCUACUCUGUCCCGGGGCAGGCCAAUGAGAUCGUGCUGCUGGAGUGGGGCACCAACCCCCUGGAGCUGCUCAUCAAUGACAAGGUUGCCCAGCUGCCACUGAGCCUGAAGGACAAGGCCUGGCACCACAUCUGCGUGGCGUGGACCACCCGGGAUGGCAAGUGGGCAGCCUACCAGGACGGCGAGCAACAGGGCGCCAGUGAGAACCUGGCCUCCUGGCACGCCAUCAAGCCCCAGGGGGUGAUAAUCCUUGGCCAGGAGCAGGACACGCUGGGCGGCCGGUUUGAUGCCACGCAGGCCUUCGUGGGGGAGAUCGCGCAGUUCGGCAUCUGGGACCACAUGCUGGCGCCAGCAGAGAUCCUGGCCAUGGCCAACUGCACCUCCCACCUGCAAGGCAACGUGAUCCAGUGGGAAGACCAGGCAGUGGAGGUCUUCGGGGGCGCCGGCAAGGCGAGCUUCGCGGCGUGCGAGGAGAGGAUGAAGGCGUGAGCAGCCCCUCGCCCCCACCACCCAUGGGAAGGAGCACAGCAGCAACCCCCUCCCCAUCCUCCCGGCUGCCGAGGAAGGGGGCGGAAGGAGGCCCCUUCCCUCUCCCGCACCCACAGCCGUCCCAGCGCCGCUGCAGCCUCCUGGCGAGCGUGGGGACCCCCGGCCGGGCUUAGGGAGGAGCCAGGCGCGGCCCCCGCACCCGCAUCCCCGCAGGGGCUGGCGGGUGACGCUGGCGCACCGGGAUGGGGAGGCCCUGGGCAGCCUCUCCCUUGUCCCCACGCCAAGCGCUCGCCUCGCUCCCCACCGGCUGGCCUCUCCAAGAGGACCUUGCUGUACCCACUCCCCACAGCAUGCCCGGGUGCGGCCGGGCUCCCCGGCUCAGCGGCCCCAGCACGCCCCAAGCAUACCUUGCCCCCCAAAACCAUGCGCCACUGAGGGCCAGCAUAGCCCUGAGGAUGGACAGCACCCGGGAGUGUGUUGGGGUAACCAUACUGGUGUUGGGGGCACCCAAACAGCUCUCCCUCCCUUUGCAUUGGGUUAUUUCAUGAUAGCAAAGCUGCAAGGUCUAGCUGCCCCUUUGGUGCCCGGGGCUGGCAGCCUGCUCCUGUGGGGAGGUGGUGGGGCUUGCAGCAGGUGCUGACGCAGGUGGUUUUAAGGAUGGGAGUCCAAGGUGAGGUUUGUUCUGACAGCAGGUUUAUUUUAAGGAGUAAAACAGCAUGCUCUGGUCCACGAGACAGAGGCCUUGGCUGGCCAGGGGAGACUGGAGAGCUUUCCAUCAUAAAUCAGGACUGGGAUGUGGAAGAGCAGAAGACGUAAGGAGCUGGGCAUAUAACUGCUGCUGGGCUGCUAGGGAAACCCCAGCCUCCUUUAUUUAUUUAUUUAUUUAUUUAUAGUUGUUGGUAUAACUCAUUUCCUUCCUCUAUUUGACUCCAGCAGGACCCAGAGACUUUUAUCUGCCCCAAGCACUAGUUCUAGUGGGGUGCCAUCAGUGGCCUCAGGUGACCAGAUCCCCCAAACACCUGCCAUUUAUUUAUUUAUUUAUUUUUAAUGCCCUGAUAUUCAGUUUUGUGAGCCUGUACUUCAAAUAAGCCUAAAGGCUUAGCCGUGAACUGUUCAACAGAAGCCAUCAGCAUAUUCCCUACCUUCCCCUUCAGCUCUCCUUCUACUGCCCCAUUUUUCAAAUGCGUAUAGCUUCCUUCCCUGGGGAAAGCAAGUGGGACUGCUCCUGCCAUGGGUGGCAAAGCUGAUGGCAAUCCUGUUAAGAAGCUCGUGUUCACUAGGGCUGUAUAUAUCUAAUUGAAAACGUCCAUGGCCAGGGAGUCAGUGAACGCUGCUGGUUCGUCCGAGUGUCAUAAACACAAACCUGCGUGUGGAUGUUUGUCAGCUGUCGUGGCACUGGCAUGAAAAAAUGAGAGUAUCAGGCACUGCGGCCCUCCUCACCUGCAGCCUGCUGGCUGAGGUGGCCAGGAGCACUGCGCACGUCCCAGCCCGCCGAGGCCAUUUCAGUAGCUGCCUUUACAGCCAAAACAGAGAGGAAAAACAGAUCAAACCCUGCCAAGAGCCAUUGCCACCUUCUCCCACGUGGAGGGAGAGGAGCAGACGGAGCAGUGGAGUCAGCGUCUGGUGAUGCAGAGAGCUAAACCCAGCGCUUUUACAGCUGAAGAGGAGCCUUGUGAGUUUUUCAUGGUUUUUUUUUUUUUUUUGGUUUGUUUGGGUUUUCUUGGUAUAACAGCCCCAGAGCAGGGCUGCGAAGGACCUUGAGAUUAGGUGAUCGUCCUUUUGUCUCAAGGCAGGGUGUCUCAGAGAAAGCUUGAAAGCUUUUAGCAUGACUCAUCUUGUCUGCUAGAAAGGUGUUAAGGAGAUUUUGAAAAAAGAAAAAAAAAAAAAAUCAUCUCGUUGCCUUUCCACUUAAUGCAGAGGGUGAAAGGGAGCCUUUGCCGCCCGGCCAGAGGAGGAAUGGGCACCGUGGGGCCAGGGCGCCCUCCUCCUGCCAGGGAGGCGAAGGGAGGAUUCACGAGGGCAGAUCCUCCCCCGAGCUUAUUCCUGUGCCUCCGUAGCCUGUACGCGGCACUUCUGCCCUGAGGGGAGUCAGGCUUUGGAGGCAGAGGGAGGCGAUGCUGUGAAAAAUAGCUAGUAGUCCUGUUGCCAGGAUGCUGCUGUUUCUCGCAGACCUUCGUGGUACCCGUGGCCCCUCUUGGCUCAGCUCUAGCAUGGCUGGUUGUUUGGGGGUUGGGGGGGGGGGGGUUAUUUGUUUUCUCCUUCCCACCCUCGAAGGAGUGAGGCUGCUCCCCGUGGCCAGGCAGGAGCAGCCCGGUGCUAAGAGGAGCAAGAAGCAGUACUGCAGCAGUGUGGCCAUGCCUGUGAGAUCACCACCGUGCCACCUCCCACGGAGGGGCUCUGAGGCACUUCUGCGGUGGCUGGGGAAGCUCAACGGCUGGAGGAGACCACCGGGGAAAGCGUGUCCCCCCCCCCCCCCCCCGGGUGCACACAGCUCUGGUCAUGGCACAGCUCUUACACGGAGUAAAGCCGGGCAAGAAGGGAUGAGGAAUACGAUCCCAGCUGGAGGAGCCCCUCUGGCCCCCAUCGUUUUGAGGGGUGACUUGCCUGUGGGGGG